AUGAGGAUGAAGCACACGCUGCACACCCUAACGAUUUUCACCAAGUAUGGUGGAACAGGCCGCCUGGUCUCGAGCGUCAAGGGUUCGUGGAAGGAGCAGAGUGGCUUGGCUCUUUCUGGAGCAUUUUUUGUUGGAUGGUUUGGCCAUUCCUUGAUAAAUCUUUACCACAGAAGGGAGUAUUGGUACAAAGUAGACAGAUUGUGGAAGGAGACUGACACGCGUACAGAUGAGGUGGAUGCUCUAGAUGCCCAGUAUCGCGCGGCAAUGAACAAGAAAUGGAGCGAGAAGCGUAAAUCUACUGCUUGA